UUCAUUUAAUUUUUUUUGGGGUUUGGAAUCACAUUAUUCGUACGAAUAUUUUGCACAGAUUUGCUUGCAGGUUUUUGGAAGUUGUUGUGUACUGCGUACAGUUCAUGCACAUGGCGUUUUGAAAGUAUCUAUGAUAAUUGGAGUACUUUUUAUUCUCCAUUGAUAGUGCCUUCCCGCCGUAGCAGUCCCAGAGUGAGUGAGAGAGAGAGAGAGAGCGAAAACCGGACGGCGAAUCUCUCUGUCUUGUGUAUAUUUGUAAGUUUGUGAAUCGGUCAACGUCAGGGUCUUCAAGAUUCGCUCCCCAGACUCUGAAACACUGACCGAAACCUCGUGACGUUCGUCACUUUUGCCGUUUUGGCCCUUUACUCGUUCGCUCGCUCGCUACCGACGAACACUCAGUGCUUAAAAAUAUUCUCUCUAUUGAUGGAUUAUUCCGUGGCGUCUCGAACCCGCUUUCCCAAAUUAUUCAUAUAAUAUAACCAAAUUCUCUUUAAUUAUAAAAUAUUUUUGUUAAGCUUGAUCUUAAUUAAAUUAUUCUCUCUGUUUUGUUUUUUUGUAAGAAAAAAAAUAAUGUUAUUGUUUAUUUCUUCAACAUUUGGAUCUUUUCUUGCUGGGUCUCGAUCAGCGUUACAGACAUGAUCUGGAUGUUAUUCGAUUCGGAUAGAAGGGCAUUCCGAUAGAGAUAUUUGGAAAGCUCCAUUUCGAUCCCGUGACCAGUAACUUGUUUUAGUGGUUACUUCAACUCGACCGGCUUUCUGGAACCCGGCGGAUCUAUAUAGGUAAAACGGCAUCUUGUAUUUCCCAGUACACCAAAAGAAAAGAAUUGUGGAUGACCAUAGAAUCUAGGGAAAUGUCUAUGACGCAACUUACAAUGGAUUAACUAUUGCCUAUAAGUAAAGGUUACGCUAUUAACCUCUAAUUUCGAAGGUUGUUUUUGGGAUUAGACCUUUCUGGUUGGUGUGACACAAUCGGAGCUAAGAGCUUACAUACAUUGCAUAUGACAACAUACGAGCAAGAUCCUGAUGUUCUUCAGUGGGGUCUACAGCUCUUUGACAGUGAUCCAUACUCUAGUUGUGGAUAUUAUGGCACCAUUAUGCAACAAGGUGAUGUGGAUCAUUAUCAUGGACAUUAUUUUGAAGGAGAUAAUUAUGAUACAGAAUGUAGCAAUAUAGAAAAUGAUGAACUUAUUGCCCAAGCUCUUCAAGAAGAACUAUCACAACUUGCAGUCGUAGAAGCACCUGGAUCUCCAGAUGAAGAAUUGGAGCGUUUGCAAUUAUCUGCUAUCUCACAGGAUUGGCUUGGUCAUGAAUGUGGCCAGGAAGAGGAUGAUACUAUGAGACCUUCUACUUCAUGUUCUAGCCCUGAUGAAAACUCAUACUGUGGGGAUGAGCGGUCAUAUUCACUAGAGUUGAUGGAUGAGUAUGCUUUUGAUGGAGAAGUGGGAAAAAGGUUGACUCUGAUGGUUCCUGUUCCUCAUGUACCAAGAAUUAAUGGGGAAAUACCCUCAGUUGAUGAAGAAACAUUAGAUCAUCAAAGGCUACUGGACAGAUUGCAGUUAUAUGAUUUGGUUGAGCAUAAAGUUCAAGGUGAUGGUAACUGUCAGUUCCGAGCUUUAUCGGAUCAAUUUUAUCGAACUCCUGAGCACCACAAAUUUGUGAGAGAGCAAGUUAUAAAUCAGCUUAAAUCUUACCUGGAGAUUUAUGAGGGAUAUGUUCCCAUGGCUUAUGAUGACUAUCUGGAGAAGAUGUCCAAGAGUGGUGAAUGGGGUGAUCAUGUAACUUUGCAGGCUGCUGCAGAUUCGUAUGGUGUUAAAAUAUUUGUGAUAACAUCUUUCAAGGACACCUGCUACAUUGAGAUUCUUCCUAAUGUUGAGAGGUCAAAGCGAGUAAUUUGUUUGAGCUUUUGGGCAGAGGUGCACUAUAACUCAAUAUAUCCUGAGGGAGGUGAGGAUUUUUAUGAGGAUGAAGGUGCAGGACAUGACUUAGUCCAUGGUGGUGAGGCAGAGGCGUAAAUAGUUUAUGUUAUGCCAGCUUUAUGAUUUCUAGUUUAAUAAGUUAGUUUGAUAAGUACAUGAGACCACAUUGUUUAUAUAAUGCUUCUGCAGACUCUCUUUUGAAUUUUAAGAAUUUAAUAAAGCUUGACUUUAUUUAAUUAUGGAAUCUUUUGCAUCUAGCGCUUCGUUAACAAGAAAAGUUUUUAGGUCAACGUUUAGUAGUACACUGGUUCCUUGAGAACUCUAAAAAUAACUUUUUUGGGGAAUAGGUUGUUACAGCCAGUGAUUUCAAAGGAGACAGAGAAAGGAGCAGUGUAGUGUUGCUGUAAUUUUAAGGCAGUGAGGUAGGUUAGCUUUUAAGACAAUGCCAAAGAAUGGAGAAUAAAUGUUGUGUAAGGUUGUUAUGGAAUUUUGGCAUAUGCAUAUUUUGUAAUCUCCCCAUUUCUCAUCAUGAAAUAUUAAAUGUUUCACCUUUAUGUUUAUGAAUAUUUUUAUUUCAUGUUUUCUAAUAUUUGAAUGCAUUUAUUUUUGG